GUUACCUUCUCUUUUCUCAUCCAAAUUUUCGUUCUUCCGCAGACAGGGGCCGGAGGGCAUCGGCGACAACAGACCCCAAUGGACUUGGAUAUUGCGAGGUCUCUCUCUUUCGGUACAGUCGGUGGGAGGAGUUCUGCUUGAAGACGAGGGCUUUACGAGCAGAGGCGGACAUUGAUACAGUUCGAGAUCCACGGAGCAGAGUGAACUCUUUAUGCUCUGCCCAUCAAUAACCGACAGGGCAAGAGAGAGAACUUUUGAAGACAAUGACAAACAGAUCCUUCUGCUUUCUUGGCAUUCCAAACAAGAGUUUAUUGGUCUUGGAGAGGUGCAGUAUACAGCGGAGUAUCCACAUUCCAAACUCAUUGCUUUGAAUCUUUUGUAUGCAAGCAAUUUCUUUGGCAUUAUGGGGAUUUAGCUCUCUUAUUUUAGAAGAAAUUGACGAUGAAGAUGCUAAAGCCAUGAAAAAUUCCCUAUCCCCUUUGGUGCUGUUAUUGAAUGUGAGUUGUUGUCUGGAUAGUUCAAGGGGGUGGAUAGCAUCGAAUUUGAAGUGAAUUUGCAGCUCUUGUCAACAUUUUCGUGAACGUACUAUUUCUGCCACUGAAUUGCAACCCUUGUCUGUUACUGCUUAUGGUACUUGAUCUCCCAGAAGAAUAGUUCCUUCAAAUAGUGAUUAUCACUGCUACAGCAAUGUUUGUUGUCCUUUGCAAAAAGCUGGUCCCAUUAAGCAGGUCUGCAAGGGGUUCAGUGGCCCAAUUUAGUGUUCUUCAACACAAGAGUUUAAUCAUCAGCAGAUCCUUGACAUCAUCCUUGGAAUCAGAUGACACACAACAACGCUCUUUUGUUGUGUCGUACCUUGUAAAUUCAUGUGGGUUGUCCCCAGAAACUGCCGUUUCUGCAUCACGGAAGCUAAACUUUCAAAACCCUGAUAGGCCAGACUCAGUCCUCACCCUUUUCAGAAACUAUGGAUUAAAAGAAACCCACAUCUCAAAACUCAUUAGAGUUAUACCAGCAUUGCUUUUAGCUAGUCCCGAGAAAACCAUUUUGCCUAAGCUUAAAUUUUUCCUUUCCAUUGGGGUUUCAAGAGCUGACCUUCCGAAGAUUCUCAAUUUGAACCCCAAUCUCUUGGUGUGCAGCUUAGAGAACCGAAUUAUCCCUUACUUCAAUUUUCUCAAAAGUGUAGUUCUCCUCAAUGAUAGAAAUGUUGUUCAAGCUUUGAAGCACUCACAACGAUUGUUUCUGGUGGAUGUGCAAAAGACUAUAGCCCCCAAUGUUGCAGUCUUGAGGGAAGUUGGAAUGCCCCAAUCCUUGAUCUCAUUUUUUGUAUCUUGUCAUACUCCUAGUGUGCUCCUGAAUAGUGACAGGUUUAAUAAGGUUGUGAGGGAAGUUAUUAGUAUGGGAUUCAGUGCUAAGGAAACAAAAUUUAUCAAUGCAAUUACUGUGCUUUCUGGGUACAGUCAGUUGACCCGAGAACGUAAAAUGAACAUUUUGCAGGAGUGGGGUUGGUCUGAAGAUGAGGUUCAAAAUGCUUUCAGGAAGUAUCCCAUCUUUAUGACUGCUUCCCAAGAGAAAAUUGCAAGUGUGAUGGAUUUCCUUGUGAAUAAAAUGGGUUGGCUGUCAUCCGCAGUUGCUAAAUAUCCAUUAAUUCUCAACUUUAGUUUGGAGAAGAGGAUUGUUCCAAGGUGUUCAGUUAUUACGAUUUUGUUGUUGAAGGGCUUGAUGGAGAAACAUUUCACCAUUGGCACGAUCUUGGGUUUCUCUGAGCAGCGGUUCUUGAAUGAGUUUGUGAUCAAGUAUCAGGAUGAUAUUCCUGAGCUGUUGUAUGUUUAUCAGGGGAGAACUGAUCUUCAGAAACUAGGAUAUGGAUCUGAGGCUAUACACCGGAUAAGAGAGUUGUAGCUUGGGCGACUUUUCAAUGUUAAUUAUUCUUUUUUAGGGAACAAUACUAAUUCUUGCACAUCUGUUAAUUUGCUGUUUUCAGAUUUGGCACUUAGCAGCCUGCAUCCCAGAGCUUUUUAUCAAAGUGAAAACCUGCUAGUUGAAAUAUGUCACUUAUUUUUCCAGGUGUUGUGGUUAGCUGGUUUUGACGCCUGGCUUCAUGAAGGCCUCUGGUUCAAACAUGGGUCGAAGGACCUUUUAAUUUUAUUUUUUCCCUUUAUUUUCUAGUAAUCAAUCAUCAGUCUGUAAAAUGGCUUGCUGUCUUUCCUUUUUUGUUUUUGUUGUUAAUUAAACAAUUGUUGAGGAUGAUGAGCAGUUUUUGAUCUCCGCUAGUUGAUUCAAUAAAGCCAAUUGAUUCUAAAA